CCCGCCGGGCCGGGCCGAGGCUGUGAGGGCGGGCCCUCCGCGCAGCCCCCGGAGCGGCGGGGCCGGUGCCGGGCGGCCCCGCCGAGGGUUGAUGAGAGCCCGAGCGAGUGAGCGGCGGCUGCGCGCAGGGGAAGAGGCGCUGCGGCCCCGCGGGCUGCCCGCGGGGGAAGCGGCGGCGCUUCUUCUAAUGCAAUGACUCAGCAGCUACAGGAUGAAUUUGACAGUAGUGUGGAGAAUGCAGAAGCUUGGAUGAAGGCCAUCCAAGAGAGACUGAAGAUCAAUGACAACACCAAGGGACCUCGAUCUGCCCUAGAAGCCAGACUGAGAGAGUCUGAGAAAAUACGUGCAUUGGAACCAGAAGGCAGCUUGAAAAUUGACUUGAUUCAUGUGAAGGCAGAUGCUGCUCUUCGCAGCAUUGGUGAGGAUAAGAAGCACGAGGUACUAUCUAAACUGAAAGACAUUAAAGCCUUGUGGGAAGAGACAGCUAUAUACAUUACUCAUUGUCACAGCCGUCUUGAGUGGGUCUGGCUGCACUGGAGUGAGUACCUGAAAGCCCAAGAUGAGUUUUAUGCCUGGAUUCACAACAUGAAGGUGACCUUGGAGCCUGACAUCGAGUUACAGCUUGGCUUAAAGGAGAAGCAGUGGCAGCUAAGCCACGCUCAGGUUCUGCUGAAUGAUGUCUUACAUCAGUCAGUCCUGCUGGAAAGGCUGCUAGAGGAAGCUGCUUCCUUGUUCAGCAGGAUAGGUGACCCCAGUGUUGAUGAUGAAGUUCAGGAGAAAAUGAGACUGGAAUAUGAAGGAAUCAGAGAAGAAGCUCAGCGCAGAGUGAACCUGCUUGAAAAGAUAACCAAGGAACAUGAGCUGUACAGCACUAACGUCAACCAGUUUCAAUUAUGGCUGAAUGGUGUGAGAGAAAGAUUAAACUGCUGCCUUGGAGAAGCAACCAAGUCUUCGGCACAGGACAAGUUAAAGACACUGAAGGAAAUUGCAAAAAAAAUUAGGAACGGUGGAAAGAAAUGGAAGUACCUUGAACAUCAGUGUGCAGAGGUGAUUCAGAAUACCUCCCCACUUGGAGCUCACAGACUGAAGGAUGAACUCGAAGAGCUAAGAAAAGCCUUGGAGAAGCUGAAACUGCUGAGUAGUGAGGAGGAGGAGAGAUUGCUUAAGAUCCAACAGUCAGAAAGUGCUUACAAGUUCCAAGCCACACAAUUAAAAGCAGAUAUCCAGGACUUCAGACAAGAUCUAGAGAGACUAGAAAAUGACCUGGACUCUGGGGAAAAGGAAAGCACCGAAGAUGGAUUUGUAACUCUGUGGAGAAAAUGCAAUGCAACAAGAGCAGCUCUGGCUGCAGAAGAGCCCAAGGUUGAGAGGCUGAAGGCUCAGCUUAAGGAACUGCUACGGUUUUCCCAAGAUGUGCAGCCACAUGCUGAGAGUGUUGUCUCUACAAUACAGCUGUAUCAAAGUGUUAGAGGCAAGACAUCUAAAAUGAGCAGUGAUACAGAAAUCCAACUGACAAGACUCUUCCAAAAUCCCCUUCAAGAUUUUGAGCAGUGGAAGCCAUCAGUCCAGAUGCUCCUGGAGGCUUCGGAGCCAGCAUUGGCUCACAUUGAGGCUGCUCUAGUUGAAAGCUCCCAAUUCAAAGAGAAGUUAAUGACUUUACAGCUGAAGAAAGAUUUGCUAAACAAUAUCCUUGGUGAAGAAAAAGCAAAGUCUUUCCUGCAAGAAGUAGCUGAAGCUUCAAAGGAGAGAGAAAUUCUACACAAAAGUCUGCUGCAAUGCAAAAGCAAACUCCAGAAUUUGAUAUCGCAACAUAAAGACUUUGACGCUGGUUUCGCACCUUUGCAGAAGAAAUUAUCUGCCAUCCAAGCCAAAUUAGAACUAGAGAAGGAACCACGGCCUGACCUCUUGGGUAAAAAGACACAACUCCAGAGGCUCCAGAUGAUCCAGGAUGACUUGGCAGAGCUUUGGAUUCAAAUGGAGGAUGUAGAGAAGCUUGUUCAGUCAAAUACCACACACAGGCAUGAAAUGAACCAACUUUCAUCCGAUUCUCAGGCCCUGAAGAGGUCAUUAGAGAUGAUGAUACAGCAGAGUGAAGAGCAUGUUCAGAAGCACUGGGCAUAUCAUGACAAACUAUCUGACCUCCAGCAGUGGAUCACAGCAACCACGGAGAAGAUUGACUCCUACCAGGGUGCUGAUGGAGAGCAGAACACCAAGGGCAGGGUGGCAGACCUUGAGAGAUGGCUAGCUGAGUUUCCAGAUAAGGAGAUCCAGCUGCACCUUGUGGAAGCUCAUGGCCAGCUGGUCAUGGAGAAUUCUUCCCCAGAGGAGAUUGCCCGUGUCCAGGCAGAGCUGGAUCAGCUGAAGAAGUCAUGGAGAUCACUGAAGGAGAUGGCAAAAGGUCUUCUCGAACAGUGGCAGUUAAACAGACCAGUAGCUGAUAAGAAGAAGAAAAUGGCAUUUGUGGACAGCAGACAGAUAUCUGGAUCUAGCUUCCAUCUUUUAGAUGUAGAUCCCAAGCAUAAGCAGGAGAGGAUAGAAGGUCAAAAUACAAGCAGCCGCUUGAAGCUCCUACGCAACUUUGAAGAGUGGUUACAAGGAGAAAACACCAAACUGACCAAAAUUCUUGCUGUGACUUCAUCUUCUACCGAGGAAAUUAAGGCGCGCCAGAGCAAACUGGAGGAACUGCAGUCUCGUGUGCCUGAUGGUCAGCAUAUUUUUGAGGACCUUCUUCAUCUUCAUGCUGUAAUUGGAAAUUCUGAAGAUCUGGAGGAUCUGCGUUACCAAUGGAUGCUCUACAAAUCUAAACUGAAAGAGUCCAUGAGUUCACCGAAGCGCUCUGGACGUGUGUGCUCCUUCCUGCAUCGAGUGUGCUGGGCAGCACUACCAUUGCAACUACUCCUCUUGCUCCUCCUGCUCCUGGCUGUCCUCCUGCCCCUGGCAGAGGAGACCCACAGCUGCACACUGGCCAACAACUUUGCUCGGUCCUUCAAGCUGAUGCUGAGACAUGAGGGCCCACCUCCAACCUAACUUCUUGGCGUGGCAUGAGGUGACUCAGAAAUAAAGACUCUUUAUUUUUAACAAUCUCAAGUAUUGUAGAUUUUAUGGCUUCCUAACAAGGCCAUCAUAUCAACCGGAUAGGUCAAAUAAAUGCAACAUACUAUUAGUCCACUUAAAUCAUGUAUUUGAGCAAAAUUAAUAUUUUUACAAUAUUUUAUUACUAUAUUUAUAAUAUGUAUAUAGAGAUUGUGUAUGUAUAUGUAUGUACAUAUAUGUAUGUAAAUGCAUAUCUGUUAUCAAACUAACAUCCACCAUCCACUCAUCCACUGUUGAAGGAUAUUCCUCCAACGUUUCUGUUUCUACCAUCUUUCAGCAAGGAAUACUGAAUGGUGGCUUUGUUGUGGGGUUUUUGGGGUGAUUUUAACAAUCAGAUUCUCAUUGUUUACAACUGAAGUCAGAGUAUGAGAAGAUGUAAGCCUGCACCAAAGUGCAAGUUUGAGAGCAGGCAGAGUAGAAUCAUGUUUGAAUAUGGUGGUUGACAUUCAGCUCAAAGAAAAUUGGAAUUAUUCUGUUUGAAAUCUUGGCCUGUUUCGGUUCUUUUUUCAGUAUCUGAGUGUAGGGAUUGUGGAAGGUAAUGGAAAUGUUUCUACUGACUUCAGUAGGAGUGGGCCUCCUCUUGUUCUCAUUUUUUUACCAGAUUUCUUUUGCAAUUACUGUGUUCUCCAGCCCACGUGAAUGAGGAAAGGUUGAAUACAGCAGGAGAAAAGCUGGGGAAAAAAGAAUAUGUGUAUAUUUUUAGCAUCUCUAUAGCAAGAGACCUUUUAAAAUCAGAUAAUAAUUUUCUGAACAAAUUUGUGAGCACUAAACAAAACCUCAUUUCAGAAAUCUUCUCUAGAGAAAGCAGUGGUGUUUUUUUCUUGUUUGUGGGAUUUUUUACUUUAUAAAGAGGCACUUGGUAAUGGAUCAUAAAGUCUGAACAGUGGGAUGCAGCCUGGCUCAGUGUUGGCAAAGCAAAGGUUGGAAGUGCUUUAGUAAUACCACUCUGGAAACAAGAUUCCUUCCUAGGAUGUUUCUGUAUUAAUGGUUUGUUAAACUGAUGUAAACUGAUUGUAUCAGAGACAGUCAAGCAUAGAUUUUUAUAUGCUCUAAACUCUGGUAUGGUCACAACUUGUCAUUUAUUUACCUAACCUUAUGCCUGAUUUAUCACAUUUUUGAAUGUACAUUUUAACAUUGCCUUUUAAUGUAAAACCAAUUCUCACUUUACUGUGAUGAAACCAUUCUUAGUGGUGUUUUACCUAAACUGACUCUGAGCAAAAAGGUGAUUUUUAAAGUUUCAUGCCAUUUCUAAGAGCUAUCCCUUUUUGUCUCACGUUUUUAGCUCCAGUAGUAAUCAUUUAAAAAAACAAACAACUAAGAGAAAAAACAUUGACUUUUCCCAUCCUGGCUAUGUUGCAGGAGGAAUUUGCCUUCUGGGUAUCAGUAUGGUAUAUUCAGUGUUGAUUUCUGCAUAGGUUCCAGAAUAGUACUAAAUCGCUUGUGCAGGUAAAGUAUUUAGAAGCUGAGAGACUGAAGGAGAAAGUCUUUAACAAAACCAUGAAAGGGAGGUGUACAGCAAGGAGCUCAUUAUAUGCAAAGAAUGAGGGAGAACAGGCAGAUGUGAAAGAGGACUAGCUAAAGAUAGAGGUGUCCAACAAUUUAUAAAGCCUAAAAAACAAGGUCACAAUAAAUAGAAAAGAAUACAGGCUCGAAGGAGGAAAAAUCUCUGAGUCUUUUUCAUUUCCUCUCUCAGGUACAGAAUUGGUGCUAUGCAUAUUAAACAGCUUUUCUUCAGUAAAGUUUAAAAUGGUGCAAGUAACAGGGACUCUACCAAGGUACUGAGGAGACCCUUCCACCACCAGGACUCUGUCACUUUGUUUUGUACUAAUGCUUCUGACUGCACUGUCUUUGCUAGAGUUUAAUAAAAUUGUCAAUUUUCUGCUGAAAGUGAAAAGGGCAGAAAUUAGAGAAAAGAGAGUACGGAUGGUGAAGAUAUUCAGGUAGAGCACAAGGGGAGGGUGAGGAGGAGCUGAACUGUUGUCGAUUAAAACCUGACUGUCAGGAGGUAGCAGAUGAGCUCUAGAGAGCCGGCAUGAGGGGCUGAAAGCAGAAAGGUGAGAAGAGAGGAUGUGUGCUAGGCUGUAAGUAAAACAUUCGCAUCUAAACGAGAAGUGAAGGAAGGUAAGGCCUGUUAUAUCUUUUGUGAAGGAGCCAGAUGGACCAGAGAAUGGGACAAUUUAAUUCCUUCUUUGCAAGAGUUCUUUCCAGCAGCAGAGGAUGUACCUCCUUCUCUCCCCUGAUUAGCUGUUCAAGAGCCAUGCAUGCUCCUGCAGUGCUCCUCUAAACAUUGCUGCCAGCCCUGAGUGUAGAACCCUGUGGCUGUGCAGCAAGGAGCUAAUCAUCACACACAUCUCCAUUUCACAUUAAAUGCUCCAGUAAAAAAGAUGUGUGGGGGAAGAAGGGCAGUAGCAAAACCUGUUGGAUGUGCUCGUGAGUAUGUGUACUUGUGCAUGCACUUUUCUCUGGCAUAGCUACAUUGCACUUUAAAUUUUGCUGAGCUGUCCCAGGUGGUGAAAGUAGAUUGCCAAUGAGUAAGUAAAAAUAAUGAGAAAUAGCAUAGCCACAAGAGAAAAUCAGUAGGGAGAUGGAUGGAUUUUUUCUACAAAAGCACAAAAUCUCACAUCAGAUUUCUUUCUGCCCAGUCUUUCUGAUCUGGAUGAUUUUUAUGGGUUCAGAAACGCAUUUGACACCACAGGAGUAUGCAACUGGGGGGAAAAGGUUUCUACACAGAGGAGCAUAACAGAAAAACUGCAUCGUCACCUUGAUUUUUCAGUGUUGUGGCAGGUUUAAAACCGCCACUAAAUUAGAAACACACUUUUGCUGGUUUGCAUUCAAUUUAUUCUCUAAGUCCCCUGUCUGUAAUCUUGGAAUUUUUUGCUUUAAAUAUCAGCAAAUCCAUUCUCGUUAACUUCAGUAAUCUAAAUAUCUCACAUAAGUGAUGAAUCUUUUUACUGAUUUGCAAUGGAAGCAGUCCAAAGCACAGGACUUUGAUGUUCAUCUCACUCAAAGGAAUUUCACUCUUCCAUAAUUUCAUUGACCUCACCUGUCCAAUGCAGGUGUGAGAUUUUUCUAAGAAAGAUUUUUUUAAAAUCACAGAAGUAAGACUGGAGUGUAAUUCCAAAUUUUACUUUCUUUUUUAUUCUCGUUUUUCUUCUGAAAAGUUUGUGAUACUGAUCCCUGAAAGUGUGUGUGUUAAUAUUAAUCAAGUCAGUAGCUGGAAUAAUGAAGCUGACUGCCCAGUUCAACUUCCAGGAAACUCAAGAAAGCUCAGAUUUUUCAAAACACAAGCUAAAUAAUGCCAUUUCCAAAUCAAUCUUUAAAAUCUUGAGCACUGUCCUUCAUGCCUGAAUCUUUGCUCACAUAUGAUUUGGGUCUUUCACCUUCACUUUUGAGCCUAUAAAAUCUCCAGCUCAUGCAUCUCUGACACCCAUACAUAACUGUGAUGUGUUAGAGCUCAACUUUGAAUUGGGGCCACUGUCUUAAGACAUCCCUUGCCAAAACCCUAGGAUUCACAAAACAGAUACGCAUCCAAAACUGAGGACUUGCACUACUUUAACCUAAAUCCAACCACUCUCUGAGCAUGCUAAAACCCUAUAAAACAGAUUUAAUAUGUUUGAGCUCAUAAAUUGUGCAUCUGGCUCAGCCUACGUAGCCUAUACUGCCUGCAGAUACCCAGCUUGUUCACAGAGAAGAGCUCUUCUGUAUUUCUCCAAGCUCUUUUGCCUCCACUAUUGGACUCGAUGUUUGAUUGACCACAUUAAUGACCUUUCAGUGUUGAAGGCAAAAUCCUGCACUCCACUGCCCAUGCAUUAAAGUCAGAAUUCUGCACAGCCCCAAAGACACGCUUCAAACCCAACCUUUGGAGUGAAAGGAAGCCUAAUUUAUAAAUUGUGAUUUUGUAGCCAGAUGCUUUCAACAGAAUUUUCCAUUAUUGCAGGUAGAAAAUUGUUAUUGUGCCAUGUAUCUAUUAACAGCCCUUUUUUCUGACUCCAGCUUGCAAUUUAGAUUGUAUUAAAUAUUCUUUAUAUAUGCCCUCUCCAGGAAUAUCUGUACAAAAAACAUAUUCAGUUCUAUGCACACACAUUAUUACAAAUGUUGUGUUCCCCUGUUAGCACAGAGUCUCCGCAGCAGUCAUGAUUUCUGGCUCAUGUGCCCUGACUGAGAUACUUACUAAACUCAAACGUUUGGGGCUGAAAAGAAAACUACUAGCCUAACUAAUAAAACCCCCUAAUGAUGACUGAAUAAUUUGAAGGACUUUUAGAAUAGCUUUUUGCUUCUCCUUAAUCCCAUUUGUUGGGAUAGUUGAAGACAUCAGAGAAAAGAAAUGUCUCCAAAAAUGGCCAUCCCUAGAUAAGCAAAUUGUAAUCUCUGCACAUCAAAGAAAUAGUAUGUUCUCUUUAGUUGCUCUAGUAGUUAGGGAGUUUGAUCUGACUGAUCUCCUCUUCAGUGUUAAAUAUGAGAAGUUUCACUCUGUUGUGUGUGCCUACACAUCUUAGCACUAAAGAGGUUCGAAGAGUGAGUUCACAUACAGGAAUUCUUUUAACUUGUGUCAACAAGAGAGUACAUUGUCUUCUUUUCUGCAGAAAAACAAACAAACAAAAAACAACCAAAAAAGACACACUAUGUCAGUGAUCUCCAGAGCAAACCAAACUUUUUGAAAUAACUAAAGAUUACAGACUGAAAUUAAAUUAUCCAUGUUAGUAAACUGGAGAAGUAGUUUUGCCUUUCAAUAAAUGCUGUUAUAAAUACCCAGAAAACAUACUUUUGCCUGGCAUCAUAGAUUUCUUUGAAGCCAUAGGUUAUGCACCCAGCUGGCUGUAAGAAAUGCUUUUGGAGACUUUACUAUCCAUUGGAUAGUAUUAUUUGCUAGUCUGCAGCUGAAAACACGUUUACCCAAUGAACUAUAUCAGCUUCCUCCAGAGUUGCUGGGGGCUGUCAAGGAUGUUCUUAGUAGUUGAUCAUUGACCAGCUCUGAGCCUUUACAAGUUUAUUGCAUUAAUCUGUCAGUGGUUGGUAACUCUCAGAAACCAGUUUAUUAAAAUACUAAAGAUAACAUUGUUGGGAGAGCCAUCACAAUUCAUUCAGAAAGCAAUGUUAUUACUUUUGCCAUCUUUAAUUAUCUAUUGGUUAUGCUGGGUUAUAAGCAGAUUACUGUAGGGUAACUGUGUGGAAUGUUUUAGGCACAGGGCUUUUUGACUUGCACGUAUAUGUUUAAGAAUUGUGAGUUCAUUUUGCACUUGCUCAAUGGUAAAAAAACAAAGUUGCUUGAAGGUAUCAUUUAAAAGAAAAAAACUAACAACAACAACAACAAAAACUGAAACAAAACAAAAAAAACCCUAACAACGAAACAACAACAACAAACCAACAACAAAAAAACCCACAACCAUAAAGCAGGAUGGAAUCAUCAGGUCAUUUUUUAAUUCUCUCUUCUCAAUCACAUUUAAAAUAUGAUUAUGUGUCUACAGGAGAGAUAUCUGUAGAUCUGGAAAGAAAAUAAAUAUCUAUCAGGACUAUACCAGUUCAAGCAGUAGCCCAAAUGGCACCUCAGUUAUCUAACCUACCUCAGCAAUUGCCAUAUUUAGCUCAUCGUACCUGUGAGCUAACCACCCUCCUCCAAGUAAAAUGUGGGUGAGAUGAAACUGCACAGGUGAAGGUAUAACAUCCCAGUGGAAGCUGCAGCAGACAUUAGGUCUUCAAAAGGCAGCCUAAUAUCUCAAUGCAAGAGAUGAAAAUGUAGGUUUGGUGUAACAAGCACAACCCAGGACUAAUGACCCAAGAACAAGGGUUUGCUGUCCUGCUCUGCCAGACAAAAUUUUGACAGUGGCUGUCAGCACUGUUCAGUUUCACAUCCCUGAAUGUAGAAGGAAGCUCCCCUUGGAGUGAUUCACUCUAGCUGAGAUUUCAGCCUUAGAAGUGUUUUGUUGUGGUGGGUUUUUUUUCUUUUCAUUAUAUACAGAACAAACUGCUAAAUAAAGCCCUCAGUGACAGAUUAAUGGUGGUAGGCAUUGAUGCUCCAAGAAAAGAUGCAGGAAGUGCUAUUGUAGGUAGCAAGGUUGUCAUGAAGGUCUCUGUUCAAUCCUUAAGAAUUAGAGAUUCAGUAUAGAACUGAUGUAGAUUGUCUGUUCCUUUGCAAGUAAAUGCCAGGUGUUGCCUUAGUCUUCUGGACUAGGGGCUGAGCCUGUUCAGUGCCUUACUGAAUGCUAGUGGAUUUCUGGCUUCAGAGCCCUUUACAGCAGUGAGUUCCACAUCCUCCUUACAAGUUGUGUGAAAAAAGUAUUUGCCUGAAUUGCUUUUGAAUCAGAAACCUUUUGGUUGGGGGAGGUGCAUUGUUUGAUUCUCCUACUUUGGCCCUUGUGUGUCGAAUUCAAGAAACCAGAAACAUCAGUACUACCCUUUCCAGACUAUGCUUUGUCUUUCCUUUUAUCAGAGCAGAGAAGGUUUGGCUUUCUCUCCUUCCUAAAGUAGAUGAUCCCAAUCUUUUCUGCUUCUUUUCAUGUUACAGUUCUUCCUGUCAGCUGAUCAUUCCUAUCACUGUUCUCUUAACUGUUUCCAGUGCCAGUUCUUCCUCCACACAUAGAGAAAAAAAAUCCGGUCCUGUUUCAAUAAUUUGAAAUUCAGUAAAUUUUUCUCCCAUUGCAGUCCUCCUACAUAUGGUCUGCCUGCUUCUGCUAGCCCCUGUGUCAAAACAGUCUUCGUCACUGUCUGACAGGACUCUGGUCCCUGCCAGCCAUCUCUUCCAAAUGUCCUGGCCAUGUCCUGCCCUCACCUUGUUGGCUCAGACCUGCCCUUAAUAUUCACAUCUGCAGUUGCGAGUGCAAGGGUGUCACUUAACAAGGAUUAAUAAUGAAGCCUUGCCAUUAGCAUUGUUCACAGCCUGCCUGUUCCCCUUUCUUCUCUCUAAGCAGGUUUUGAUGUGUAAUCCAAUUACUGCCUGCAGAAAGUUGCCCCUUAAUCAGUGAGGAGGGCCAGUGUUUCAGCCUUAGCUCUAUUCUUGCAUUGUCCUUGCCCAUGUAAGUGCUCCCACCUGCUGCUGUGCCCGGGUGGUGCACUCCAGGGUGGAUGCCCUUGAGCUGCUGGGAAUGUUUGAAUGUUGCUGUUAUACACCCUAAUAAGGCAGGACCUAGGGUUUGGGUUUUUUUUUGAGUUCAGAAGAAAAAAAAAAAAAAAAAAAAGAAAAAGAAAAUGGUCACUUUUAAGAAACUGAUUUCACAACUCAUUUAUCAAGUCCUCUAGCAAACCAUUUAUUUUAGCUCCUUUUUGCUCCAUCAAAAGCUGUAUAUUAAAAGGGAGAGGUGAAUUUGGAGAGGCUGAAUACAAGACAGGCUGAGGUGCCACCCGCCCUCACCAGCGCUUUGCCAUUAGACCUCCAGCUGGAAUUCAGGGGUAGGAGCUAUUAUUUUUCCUGAAGUGACUCCCACCUUCAAAAUCAAAUUAUUUCUUUUGUCAAGUCCAAUAAGCAUUGAACACCACAGACUUGGUUUCACUACAGAUGUGAAUGAACACUUCUGUGUGGUACUUUCCAUUGCCAUGAAAUAUAUACGUGUGUGUGUGUGUAUGUAGAUAUGUGUAAUGGGGAGUGUAAUUAUUGUUCUACUUCAAGAAAGGUGACAUUCCACUUCAGUGUAACUUCCAAGUGCAGCUUUUAAAAGAAAUUGUGUCUUAAAGGGAAGCUGGAAGAGUUUAGAGGUAUGUGUUUUAAUGAGCUUUAAUAAGCUUUGAGCUAAGGCUUCAGCCUCUAAGGCUAAGAGCACCCAAUAUGAUUUUUCCAUCACCUUCCCCAAUCAGACCCUGUAAGAGUUUAACCUGGGAGUCACAGCUCAAGCACUGGCUACUCGUGAAGGUGUUCAGAUGCUGAAAGUAUUAAAUGUGCAUCUGUUCUCAAAGGCCAACCUCCAUUUUGUACAUGUGCUUGACUGGGAGCCAAAAGAUAUACCUUUGACUUGCUCUGAGACCCUGACUGUCAUUUUUGUCUCAGAAGGUGUAUUCUUUUUGAUCAAUGUCACUCUUGCCAGUUUGGGGUUUUUUUUCCAUUUUAUUUAUGCUAAUUGAGUUUAUCAGAUGAUUCCAGGAGAAUGCACUCCACCUGCCCAGCCUCAGGGCUUCCCUUCUAGCAACAUACCUUCUUCUCAUUUGUUUACUAGGGUGUACUGGACCACUGUGAAGCAAUCACACAUGCAAUAAGACAAGCAUUGCAUUUUUCUGUCAUUGCCUUUUGCAACACUUAACACUCCAUUGACAUUGAAAAGUGGUAUGACUCCCAGAAGCUGCAUUGUUUUUUGCCAGCAAUACAAUCAAUGUACAGUGCUUCUUCAGGGGACCUGACCUCACUUCUCAACGCAUCUGGCUGUCUUGGGCCCAAUUUCAUUAACAAGGCUGGAUUAUAAACAAUCUUGGAUCCCUUCAACAACACUCCAUCAGUCUUGCCCCCAUCAGUUUUUUUCUUUUGUUUAGUUUCAAGCUAGAAGAAAGUUAAAUAAAUGUACUAAGACUCCCACAUAGGGUGAGUAAAUAUCCCAUAUAUUUCACAGAAAUUACAACAAAAUGAAGGGAAGUGAAGUUUCUGCAGUCAAACUGUCCUCUGCUUUUAAUUUAAAAAUCAACAAAUAUUGAGGUACAUUUUGCCACCUUCUGCUAGAAGUGAUCUGGAACUAAAAUGUGAAUCCUCCCAAAUGGGAGGUUUACUGAUGUGGAUCUAAAUUUCACCAGUGUAUCCCAUGUUAGAUCACCCAGCACUGGGCAGACAGGAAACUUAAGACUGUUCGUAAGACAAACUCAUCUUGCAAAUGGAUUUUAAAUUCUUCAGAGCUCCUAUCCACUUCCAAAUGUUGAUAAUAGGGGGGGAUCAGAAACCUUCUCAUGAACCCUGUGCAUUUUGCAUGUUGAAACCCUGGCUUGAAUUCAGGUCUCCACCUCAGCUUCUUGUAAAUGUUAAUAUUCAAGCAGAACAAAAACGUUAGAGGCAAUUACAACAUGAACAUUUCUUGUUUAUGUAUAGUAGCUGAUAGCAGAGCCUGUAAUAAUAAUAAUCUGUGUUUAUACAUGUGCUGGUCAAUGUAACAUUUGGGUACAAAAUACCUUUUCACUGUCACAAGAAAAUAACUGGAUUGAUGUAACUUUUUUCUUGUAUUAAUAUAAUCUCUUGCCUUGCAGGGACCAGUUCCACUUCUGUCAUGUUAUUUAUGAUUUUUAAAUACAUUUAUGAUAAAUUAGGCUCGUUUCUAAGGUAAACAAUACUGGAGCCAAGCAGCUGUCUCUGUACAUGUGCAUGUUAUCACAGCUGAUAUCAAGUCCAAGUCAGACUCCUUGUCUUGCUUGGACCUUUCUUUAACUUUUCUGGCUUUUUCAGGGAAAUGUGGACCAGCCUAUUUUCUUAUUAAAAAUACAGCUUUUUGAAAAGCUGAACUUAUUUUUUAAAUCUUUGUUUUUACAAUUACUGAGUCAGAAAGUCUGUAACAAUCAUAUUUUUCUAAACUGCCAAUUGCUUGUGUUGGUAAUUGAUAUAUAAAUAUAUAUUUUAUUCUACAAAUUUCCAUGUAGUUUUGAAACUCUUUGUUUUCAUAUAUAUCCUAUUUUCUUGAAUUAUCUCAAAAAGCUAUGUGUCUGUAUAGUGACUAUAUGAAAUUGUAUAAAAUGCAGCUGCAUAAAAAGGCUGACUUUAUUUUUUAUUUAAGUUGUUAGAGCAAAGUCAUCCUGUUACUCCACACAAGAUGCAUGGAAAGAAAUCAGGUCAUUGUUUUGAAAGGCUGGAGAGCGUUACGUGACACUUCCUAAAAAUUCUCAGCUGGGAGUCAGGAGAAUUUAUUCUGCAAAUGGUGCCAUUUUGGGGCCUGAUUCUAUAGUUUAUUUACACUGUUUAGGACAUAUAAUGUGUGAAUAGCAGUGAUGGAGUAAGGCCCUUUUCUAAUGAAAAAUGGGGCCUUUUAACUAGUUACGGGGCUAUAUCUUCAGUAUUUAAGGACAACUUCUUGUGUUCUUUUCUGUGCUGUGGGCUCCUCCUGUGUAUUCUGGAUUUAUUACAUAGCUGAAAUGCCACAUUAAAUUGACUGAAGCCCCGUGCACAGAUGAACAUGAUAGAAAGCUGCAAUGAAAUAUUGCAGGAAAUGGCCUGAUUUCAUUCUUCAGAGCAAUAGUUAAAGUAACUCACAGCCUUGGCUUCUGUGCACCUGUAAAGCAGGGGCCCUUGGUUUGUACUUUGGUCAUGGUGUAUCAUGGAAGGAUUUCUGCUCUCUGCCUGUAAAAUAGUGUCUAUUCCUUGACCUUGUCAGAAGCAUAAUAUUUUCUCAAGCUAAAAAAUAUGUAUCUGAUUCUGCAAGACUUAUCUGAGAGUUAAGGGCAGCUGGGACCUUCUGUGAUCAGGCCACAUUAUUCUGAAAGUUUAUCCUUCAGUGACAAAUAAAAUAUGAUGUGGCUUUGCUGUUUGCAAGGAGGAUAAAGAGCCUGCAAAUUCAUCACCCCAAGCCCUAGCCUUGUGGCUGUUUUGAGAUUCUCCACUGUUACCAAUGAAUUUUGUUGAAUCGGAUUAUAAAAUCAGAGUAUUUUAUUGCAUGUGUCCUUUUUUUUGUAAUGAAAAAAAAAAAAAGCUGUAUUUGAUGUUGCAGUCAUAAUGCAGUAAAUAAACAUAUGUAUUUCUUUUUAA